AUGAGGACUUACUACUGCCUAUCACUAUUCAUCUGGACCUAUAUGUUUCAUACAGUUGAUGCUAUCCCACUACAAGAAAAAGCUAAUAGUGAUUUACCAAGCAAAAUGGUAGUGGAUCUGACAAAAGAUGAUGGUAAAAUGUUACAUCGCACCAAGCGUGGCUGGAUGUGGAAUCAGUUCUUCUUGUUGGAGGAGUACACAGGUACCGAUACACAGUAUGUUGGCAAGCUUCACACUGACCAAGAUAAAGGAGAUGGAAAUUUAAAAUACAUAUUAACAGGAGAUGGGGCUGGCAGUCUAUUCGUUAUAGAUGAAAAUACCGGAGAUAUUCAUGCUGCAAAGAAAUUAGACCGAGAAGAAAAAUCCCUAUACAUUCUUCGUGCCAAGGCUAUAGACAGAAAGACCGGGCGGCAGGUGGAACCUGAAUCUGAAUUUAUUAUUAAAAUCCAUGAUAUCAAUGACAAUGAACCAAAAUUCACAAAAGACUUAUACACUGCCAGUGUUCCUGAAAUGUCGGGAGUCGGAACAUCUGUUAUACAAGUGACCGCAACAGAUGCAGAUGAUGUCAACUAUGGAAACAGUGCCAAAGUGGUCUACAGCAUAUUGCAAGGACAGCCAUAUUUUUCAGUGGACCCAGAAUCAGGCAUAAUAAAAACUGCACUACCAGACAUGAGCAGAGAAAAUAGAGAGCAGUACCAAGUGGUUAUACAAGCCAAAGACAUGGGCGGCCAGAUGGGAGGCCUUUCUGGAACCACCACAGUAAACAUCACUCUGACGGAUGUCAACAACAACCCUCCUCGAUUUCCCCAGAGUACGUAUCAAUUUAAUUCUCCUGAGUCUGUACCUCUUGGAACCCAUCUUGGAAGGAUAAAAGCCAAUGACCCUGAUGUGGGGGAAAAUGCUGAGAUGGAAUACAGCAUUGCUGAAGGAGAUGGAGCAGACAUGUUUGACAUCAUCACUGACAAGGAUACACAGGAAGGGAUUAUAACUGUCAAACAGAAUUUAGAUUUUGAAAACAAAAUGCUGUACACUUUAAGAGUGGAUGCAAGUAACACUCACCCUGAUCCACGAUUCCUACACCUGGGACCUUUCAAAGACACAGCCGUGGUCAAAAUAUCUGUGCAGGAUAUAGAUGAGCCUCCUGUGUUCAGUAAACUUUUUUACUUGAUAGAAGUAGAUGAAGAUGUAAAGGAGGGCAGCAUCAUUGGACAGGUUACAGCAUAUGACCCAGAUGCCAUGAACAAUUUAAUAAAAUACUCUAUUGAUCGGCAUACUGAUAUGGACCGGAUUUUUAGCAUUCACUCCGAAAAUGGCUCUAUUUUCACUUUGAAACCCCUUGAUCGGGAGUCCUCUUCUUGGCACAACAUCUCCAUUACUGCCACAGAAAUAAAUAACUCAAAGCAAAGUAGCCACAUCCCUGUCUUCAUCAGAAUUCUAGAUAUAAAUGACCAUGCUCCGGAAUUUGCCAUGUACUAUGAAACAUUUGUUUGUGAAAAUGCAAAACCUGGGCAGUUGAUCCAGACUAUCAGUGUCAUGGACAAAGAUGAUCCUCCCCGAGGCCACAAAUUUUUCUUUGAGCCAGUACCAGAAUUUCCUCUCAAUCCGAACUUCACCAUUGUAGAUAAUAAAGAUAAUACAGCAGGAAUCGUGACUCGAAAAGACGGGUAUAGCCGCAAAAAAAUGAGCACCUAUCUACUGCCGAUUUUAAUCUUCGACAAUGAUUAUCCAAUUCAGAGCAGCACCGGCACGCUCACUAUCCGUGUGUGUGCCUGCGAUAAUCAGGGAAACAUGCAGUCCUGCAAUGCAGAGGCCUUGGUCCUAGCGGCUGGCCUGAGCACGGGGGCACUCAUCGCCAUCCUUCUUUGUGUCAUCAUUCUACUCGUUUUAGUUGUACUGUUCGCUGCACUGAAGCGGCAGAGGAAAAAGGAACCUCUGAUAAUUUCAAAAGACGAUGUCCGGGACAACAUCGUGACCUACAAUGAUGAAGGUGGUGGGGAAGAAGAUACCCAAGCUUUCGAUAUUGGCACAUUAAGGAAUCCAGAAGCAAGAGAAGACAGUAAACUUAGAAGGGAUGUAAUGCCUGAAACUAUAUUUCAGAUAAGGAGGACUGUGCCUCUGUGGGAAAAUAUUGAUGUACAAGAUUUUAUCCACCGAAGAUUAAAAGAAAAUGACUCAGACCCAAGUGCACCACCUUAUGAUUCACUGGCAACAUAUGCCUAUGAAGGGAAUGAUUCCAUAGCAGAUUCACUCAGUUCUUUAGAGUCUCUCACAGCAGAUUGUAACCAAGAUUAUGAUUACCUCAGCGACUGGGGGCCUCGUUUUAAAAAGCUUGCUGAUAUGUACGGGGGUGAUGACAGUGACCGAGAUUAA